AGCUCCCAGCUGGUUAACUCCCCUAACCCCCUCCCCCCUAAUAACUAGUGCUUCAGUCCGCGGUGGCGGCUGCACGUACACACACUCCAACACACACUCGGCCGCUCGCCGCUCCGCCAGCAGACCGAGCCGCUCAGCGCACGCCGACGAGGAGCAGCGGGGAGCAGGACGGCCAGCUGAGGAAAACAAACAUCCAACUGACUUUAGAAGAAAUGGAACCGGCUCCGUUGAUUCCCUAGAGAAAUCCUCGUCCAUGGAGCGGAGAGCGCUCCUGGAGCAGAAGCAGCGGCGGAAGCGUCAGGAACCCCUGAUGGUGCAGCCCAACACGGAGGCCCGGCCGCGGCGCUCCCGGGCCCGCCGCGGCGAGGACCAGGCCCUGCUGGUGGACUCGGCGCUCGGCGUGACGCACGACGUGAUCCUGGACGGCAUCGACGGCCCUGCUGCCUUUCUGAGCUCCGAGGCUCCCGACCUGGGAACCAAGAUCCAGAUCCUGCCGGUGACCCAGUCCCAGUCCCAGUCCCAGCCCCAGUUCCAGCCUCAGAGCGAGCCGCAGUCCGCCGCCGGCGAGGAGCCCGAGAGAGACGGAGACACCGAGACGCUGCUGGAAGCCAAGACGGACGUCCAGCAGCUGCUGCAGAAGCAAGGUCUGUGUGGAAGCAUGAACUUCGACGAGGCCAGCGAGCCCGAGGACGGCGAGGACGAGGACGGACGGCGCUCUCUGUCUCCUCACGCCGACGGCAACCGGCCCGCCUCGGCCGCCAGCGGCAGAGACGCCCCGGAGCCGCCCUCGGCCGACGGCCUGCUGCCGGACCCGUCCGGCCUGGCGGAGUUCGUCCUGAGGCCGGCGCCGCGCGGCGUCACCGUCAAGUGCCGGAUCAGCCGGGACAAGAAGGGCAUGGACCGCGGCCUGUACCCCACAUACUUCAUGCACAUGGAGAAGGAGGACGGCAAGAGGGUCUUUCUCCUGGCAGGACGGAAGAGGAAGAAGAGCAAAACCUCCAACUACCUGAUCUCCGUGGACGCCACCGACCUGUCCCGGGAGGGCGAGAGCUUCGUGGGCAAGCUCAGGUCCAACCUCAUGGGCACCCGGUUCACCGUGUACGACUCCGGCACCAACCCCUGCAAGACCGCCGGCGCCCUGCUGGAGGACGGCGCCAAGCGGCAGGAGCUGGCCGCCAUCUGCUACGAAACCAACGUCCUGGGCUUCAAAGGCCCGAGGAAGAUGACGGUCAUCAUCCCGGGGAUGAACAUGAGCUUCGAGAGGGUCGCAGUCCGACCGCAGAGCGACCAGGAGAGCCUCCUGAGCCGGUGGCAGAACCGCUCGCUGGACAGUCUGAUCGAGCUGCACAACAAGGCGCCGGUCUGGAACGACGACACCCAGUCCUACGUGCUCAACUUCCACGGCCGCGUGACGCAGGCGUCGGUCAAGAACUUCCAGAUCGUCCACGACAACGACCCCGACUACAUCGUCAUGCAGUUCGGCCGGGUGGCCGAGGACAUCUUCACCCUGGACUUCAACUACCCCAUGUGCGCCCUGCAGGCCUUCGCCAUCGGCCUGUCCAGCUUCGACAGCAAGCUGGCGUGCGAGUGAAGCCCCGCCCCCUCCCCCCGUCACUACACCCUCAACGUGCGCGGACGCGUGCACGUGUUCACAGCACUCACAGGUAAAAAGGGAAACACAGCCGAGGCUUCCAGACAUCAUCUCCUCUCCUCUGCUGCCACCUGGAGGCCAAACGUUAGAUUGUUUUUUUAAACUUUGGUUUCUGUUUCUGACUGGUUUCCCACAGAAGAAGCGCCGUCUCGUGUUUUUAAGUGUCAUUUUGUUGUCGUGACUGUGACUUUUAGCUUUAGAUCAUCAAACGCCGGCGCUGAAUGGAGCAUGUUGAGAAAGAAAUACAGGAUAACGCCGCUGUUACUGUCACGUGGAGGGAGGUGGAGUCCUCAAACUGAAUGUAUCUGUCGCUCAUUUCCGGGUCUAUUUUUAUCUACAGCAAGUAUUUUACAGAAAAGCAGAUUUUAAUGAAGUGAAGAGAGAUUUUAGCCGCCGCUGUCUAAAGCGGCGAAUCAAUAAGGGAGAAAAAUAUCAGGGCGUUCUGUUUUUUUCAUGUGAAAAAUGAGAUUGAACAGUUUUCAAACCAAUAAUGUGACAGAAAAUGUGCAUAAUUCAGCUGGAUAAUGAGUUUUUUUUUUUUUUUUUUUUUAACGUGAAUCCACAGACUGACUCUCUCACAGCAGGAGACGUUUCAGAUCAUCGAGAUAUCAUAAAAAGUCAAAGAAUUUACAGAUCAGGAUGAAGUGAAACCAGCAUCAGGUCUGAUUGUCAGAAUUCUUUCCAGCUGAAUUGUGCAGAACCAUGAGUUCUGUUUCCAACAGCGGACGUUACUUUAAUCCACAUUUAGUGAGUUCAUUGGAAUAAACUGCAGAAAUCGUGUUUUCCUCCUCUGAAUUUUUGGAUUUGUGACUAAAAAGUCUGGACAGAGAUCAUUAAACCCCAGAAGAUAAUAAAAAGUGCAAUUAAAUUGUGAAUGAAGAUUUCUAUGGAAUAUUUUUGAAACAUAUUGUAUAUGAUGGAUUUUUCCGAUGAGACGCUUCAGCAGGACACAUUCCAGAAAAGAAAGUGUUUAAACUCACUUUAUUUUCAACAAGGUGGAAGAAAUCAGCAGGAUGUAGCGUCAAGGAUGGAAAUAACCACAAUAAAGACAUCUGGGAAAACACACGAUCCGGAUGAUGAUUUGUUUCUUUUGUCAUUGAGUAGAUUUUUUUUUUUACACUUUAUUAAAGAAAACAGCCUUUUCUUGUGCCUGCCUUGAAACAAGUUGGAAAUUAGUGUUUUGUUUUUUGUUUUUUUGUUUUGCUUUUGAAGAAUGUUUAAGAACUUUGUGGCUUCUUAAUGUC